UGUGAUGUUAACGCGUGUAUCCAACAUAUCGGAUAUUGAAUACUAAGAUAUGCAUUGAAUAUUGAAAAUACAUUAAUAAUAUUAUUUUAGUAUAAAAUAUAAGUAAAGUAUAAAAUGCAGGCUUUGAAUUUAGCGAUGAAAUAUUUUUGUCUUUCGUGCGACAGUAAUGGAGCGCGUCGAUAUAUAACAAAAUUACCACCAAAUAUUAGGAGAAAUGGAAAUCCAGACAAGAUUUGCUCCUACGUCGAAAUUCCUAUAUUAACAAGAUGCUGCUUCUGUCUGCCUUUGAGGAAAGGCCUAAUCGCCUUUGCAUACAUCAAUUUGAUGCUUACAUUAGCCGUGACCUCACUGCUGUCGAUAUACAUCUCGGCUGUCCGAAACACGCAUAUUGAAAUCCAAGAUGGGUCAGAGUACCCGCGCCUGAUUGCCGACACCACCGCGUUAGUCCUAGAGGUCGCAAUGACCGUGGUCUUCAUAGUUGCUUUGCAUAUGAAACACUCGCUACUAAUGAAGAUCUACUUGUACUUCGAGAUUGUUUUUUCAUUGAUUGGCUUCGUGUACAGCCUCGCUUUCCUCACUCGAGAGACGGCCAGUGAAUUAUUCUUGAUAUUAUUUCAACUGAUGGUGCAGAUCUAUCUCGUGAUACUCAUCUGGAGUACUAUUGUGAAAAUGCAACGCGAUGGAGUUGUGAAGUACACGCGGGAGCAUGACACCGUCUAGAACAUGUUGGUUUUGAACAUAUUCUUAUAUAGAUCAUAAGUAUAAAAAAAUUUGAACAGAUGGAUUUUAUAUGUAUCUGUAAUAUGUUUAGAAUAUUGAUUUUAAUGUUUAAAACUUUUAUUUUUAUAUCUGUUACUUUAUUAGAUGGUAACUUAAACUUAAGCCCUUAAAAUAGUUAAACAAAGCAGUAUCUUCUUCUUUGUAAUGGCAAAUCAAUAAUGACAGAAAGAGCGAAAACAGCGUUUAACUAAACAGCCGCUGCGCAAUGUUUAAAAGUAACGCCGUUAAUACGUAAGAUUUGUCAUUAAUUUAUUAAAAUUAAAUUUAUUGUUUAUUUUUAUGUUUGAAAAAAAGUAUGUUUAUGUAUGUUUCAAAAAAGAGCUUCUUCAUAUAAAGUUCUAUCGAUAUGGAAUUUUACAAAUACAAAAUUUACGUAACUUACUUUUGUAACUGAACGAUGAAAUUAUUAUGAAAAAAAUUUUUGGAAUAGUAAGUAUUUCAUACAAAAAUAUAACUAAAAUAAUUCUAUAUAAAUCCGAAUUAUUAAAAUAUUAAAGGGAGUCCUUUAAUGCGUGUAAAUAUUGUGCCUUAUUAUAUUAAUAAUUUUGAUAGUAACUUUAUAUAGUUAAUAAGUUACUUCAAUUUAUAGCUAUAAAGAAAUCCAAAUUGUAGUGCUUUAUUUUUAUAGUAUUUUUGAUAGAAUUAUCUCUGAAAUUUGAAGUUAGUGUAAUUCUGCCACAAGUAUAUCCAACCCACAGUAACACAGCAUCGUGAGUAACCGCCAAAACUAUGAAUAUGAUAUCCUUUGCUCAGCUAAUUGCUUCUCACCGUUAUAAUAAAAAAUAUUUCAUUCUUUGAUGUAAUCCACAUCACCAUAAUACGCAAAUGAACGUAUAAAAUUUUGAAUUGAAUUAUGCAAAUAUUCAUAAGGCUUUUUUAAAUGAUGUUGAAUGAAUGUUCUUAGUAAAUAUCAUCCCUAAAAAAAUAAUGAGUUACAAAUUUAAUUUUCGAGUAAUUUUAUAAAAAUUGCAUUGUUUUUAUUUUAGUUACCUCACAAGAUUUAUUUUAAUAUUGUAUAUUAAUGAUUACGAAAUAAAAAAAUUACUUUUUAAAAGAUAUAUUUUGUAAAUAUACGUUAUUGUUUUAUAUUCUAGAGACUAUUUAAUGUUAUGCAGUAUACACCAAAUAAAUAUAUUUUUAAAUAAUUAAA